AAUAGGUUUUGGAGGGUUUUAAGCGCCAUUCGAGGUGGAGUCUUGUAGUAACCUUCAGGGGGGGUAUGAGAGGCGACGCCAGCGCCCCCGCGCCAGUGCGCCCGCCGCCGCCGAGCCAAGCAUAGCCGUGCUGAGCCCGCGACUAAAAUACACACUUGUGACUAAAACCAAUCGUUAUGGAAAUGUGUCAGAGAAAUAUAGUGACAGCAACUGUUUAGUGAACAUACCUAAUAAGGACGUAUUGACGACAUGUCUCCUAUACUGCAGUCGCUGAUGCGGUGGCGGCGCGAAGCCGUGGAGGCCGCCACCGAGAAGACGAUGGAGAAGCUCAGCAACAUCACCGCCACCGCCGGGGGCAACGCCACCAGCCCGACGGAGGCAGGGUCGACGAUGGCGCCUGUGCCCACGGAGUCCAUCGGCGAGAAGGCGGCCGAGCUGGCGCACAAGAUGCACAUGGAGACCUGGCAGCUCGUUGCCAUACUGGCCGGUGUGGCGGUGGUGGUGCUGGGCGUGUGCUUCUGCUGCAUCCGCCGCUGCUUCCGCAAGCGCCGCUCCAAGGACGGCAAGAAGGGCAAGGGCGGCGUCGACCUCAAGUCGGUCCAGCUCCUCGGCUCCGCUUACAAGGAAAAGGUCCAGCCUGACAUGGACGAGCUGACGGAGAAUGCCGAAGAACCUGACGAUGGCGAUGCCAAGAAGGAGGAACAGAAACUUGGCAAACUGCAAUAUAAGCUGGAGUACGAUUUCAACAGCAACAGCCUGUCGGUGACGGUGAUCCAGGCCGAGGAGCUGCCGGCGCUGGACAUGGGCGGCACCUCCGACCCCUACGUGAAGGUCUACCUGCUCCCCGACAAGAAGAAGAAGUUCGAGACCAAGGUCCACCGGAAGACCCUCAGUCCGGUAUUCAACGAAACCUUCGUGUUCAAGAACGUGCCGUAUGCGGAUGCGAUGAACAAGACGCUAGUGUUUGCGAUCUUCGAUUUCGAUCGGUUCUCGAAGCACGACCAGAUCGGUGAGGUGAAGGUCCCCUUGUGUCAAGUGGACCUGGCGCAGACCAUCGAGGAGUGGCGCGAGCUGCAAAGCGUCGAGGGAGAGGGCGGCCAGGAUAACAAGUUGGGAGACAUAUGUUUCUCUUUGCGAUAUGUGCCGACGGCUGGCAAACUGACUGUUGUGAUUCUGGAAGCCAAGAACCUGAAGAAGAUGGACGUGGGAGGAUUGUCAGAUCCGUAUGUAAAGAUAGCACUCAUGCAAAAUGGCAAACGUCUUAAGAAGAAGAAAACGAGUAUCAAGAAGUGUACACUGAAUCCCUAUUACAACGAGUCAUUUACUUUUGAAGUGCCAUUCGAACAAAUACAGAAAGUGAACCUAGUAGUGACCGUGGUGGACUAUGACCGCAUCGGAACGUCGGAGCCAAUCGGAAAGGUGUGCCUCGGCUAUAACGCAUCGGGCACCGAGCUUCGCCAUUGGUCCGACAUGCUGGCCAGCCCUCGUCGUCCAAUCGCGCAGUGGCACACACUCAAAGACCCCGAAGAUGGAGAGAAGAAGGAUUAAACGUCCACAAUGAGCUAAUCGGACGAGGCGUAUGAAAGCUGAGCGGCGCGUUGCUAACGAAGAACCAAAUAUAAAUAUAUUUAUUUUACUACACAAACGGUUCGCGGGUCGUCGACUACUGCUUCUUUGUGUAAUAAUAUUUUAACUUUAAGUGUUAUUUAUUUUAGUAUAAUUUGUUAUUACAGAAAAUCUUAGGGAGCUUUAACAUUAGCGAAAACUACCCCGUAUUUGAUUCAAUACAGUUAAAAUGUCUUCCAUCACAACUGUACCAUAAUACUUAUCCUAUUUAACAUUGGGAAAAUGUAUCCAUUUGUAACCCUAUGAAGUUACAAUUACAGUCAGUUAUAGUCGCUGUACGCUGAUUUCAUAUGGAAUAGUUGGCUGCCUAAUAAUGUUGCUAUGUGGAAAAUCCUGAAGAUGUUUCAGGCGCGGUGUGUGCUUUCAUUCUUAUUUAUUUUUGUCUUGUGAUGGGGGACAUUACGCUGUUUCUAUGUUUGUUCCAAUACUCGUUAUAACCAGAGGGCGGAUGGCAAUAUAGCGUAGGCUAAUGUGUUGUGAGGUGUUGGUAGAAGUAGGAACAUGGCCCUUGCUUCAGUCGCAGACAUUGACAAUCGGUAUCCUUCGAAAGUCCCCAGACUUACAGUCUCUGAGACGGCAGCUAUGAAUUGGGACUCCAAAAUAUUCAGUGCUUGAAAUAUUUAAUAUAACAUUAUUUAUUUUUAACUCUAAUUAGGUAUUUUUUUGCUCUUGGGAUGCCGGAAUAUCAAAGAUGAAAUCAG